AUGAACAAGAUUAUUACGUCGUUCGUGGCAUGCCUAGCCUUCGCUAGUGCGGGAUACAUCGAGCACUAUCAGGGUGCCACCAGCUUCACCUCGUUUGAUUUGAAGUCUACCGGCGCCGACGGUGGGUCCAAGCUAUAUAUCAACAAGCCAACACUAACGUACGCUGCAGCGACACUUAAAGGAUCGACCGAUCACGCUGCGCACUCCAAAGUAGUGACGUACGAAACAAAACCGGUCAUUAGCACCGUCUACACGGCACCGGUUACCAAGACGGUGACCUAUACCAGCGCCCCGAUUCAGUACGCAUCCAAUCACCAUUACGUCACACCCGGCCAUGGGUCUGAGUGUGCACUGAAGGAGCAGAAAUUGGUGACUCCCGUUCAUUCCACGGUGUCCCUAGUGGCUCCUGCUUCAACAAGCUACCUGAAACCGGUGCAUUCUUUAUCAUCCUUGAAAGAACACCAGCAUUCAGCCGCACAAUCCGUAUCACAAAGCUACCCAUCGAUCCAGACACAGUACACCAAACCUGCUUACGGUGCCCAGACGACUUCGUUGAAUUCGGGAAGUUCUACUAUCAGUCACUCGAUAUCCCACAACCACCCGACAUCCGGGAGUAGCGGCCAAUACGUUUCUUCCCAAAGUUACGCUCCGUACGGAACUGUAAGCUCGAGUUCAACGUCGAAGGAAUCCUCCUCAAGCGGCUACGGCCAAACAACCACUUUUGGAGCAUAUCAAGACUUCCCCAAACCCGCAUUAAUCGAACAACCUUCGAUUGAUGUGGCACCUCCAAAAAUUAUCAGCGCACAGCAACCGAUUGUCCAUGGAGAACCCGUAUCGCAUACCAGUUAUUUGUCCCACACAGCACCUGUUAUUGCCAGCCACAACAUCAUCCCCUUAAAAACUUCCCAUAGCUUGUCACAAACUCACACCGCUAACACUGGUGUCUGGAAAGAUGUUAGCAGUGGCUACGCCACGACACAUCAGUAUAAUGCAGGUGCGGUUCCCAUCAAGACUUCCCAGUACUACGUGGCACCAGCGGUAGGCCUUCAUUCUUCCACUGCUUCCUCCUCCAGUGGUAGUACCAAACAAAAUGGGCACAGUUAUACCACCACCCACACUCAUGCAGCUCCAGUGAUCGUGCAGAGCCAGCAAUAUUUACCGUCCAAGAUAACAAUUGCUGCUCCUGAAACAUCGCAAACAUUCAGCAGCACUGCUUCACUUUCCCAUGCGUCUUCCUCCACAGCGGCCAAGGAACCCCCGAGAGAGUAUUUGCCUCCACGGGAGUACCUGCCACCAACGCAGGAAAACAAAGGGUCAUCAGGUCACGUCAUUACUAGUGGCAGUGGAUCAUAUGAGGUACCAUUAAAAUUGACCUCCGUUAGCCAGGAAGGUUCCUUCCUCCAGACGAACUCCCACGCUUCGUCGCAGCAUACUUCACAUGGUACGGCCGCGAUCGUGUCUCCUCUGCACGUGACCGUUCAAAAAGCUCCCGUUCUAGUGUCCAUCCCGCCGUCCGACUGUACUCAGCAGCACCACCUCCAACUUCAUUAG